ACUGCUCCCUGACCUACUCCAAGACUUCAAGUCAAGACUCGGCAUUAUUGGGCUUUUAGUGUCCAGCUUACCUGCAAUUUCUUGAUGGUUGGUACUUGGUAGACUAUUCCGCCCCAAUUUGUUUGUUUAUCCCACUUCUAAUUCAAACAAUCAGAGUGCUCUUUCACCCACAACUGAGCAUGUUGCUCUCUCAGCUAUUCAUUCUCUUAUUAUCUAUGUUAAUUAUCGAUCACGUGAUCAUCUCUGCUGCCACUAACAUUCAUGACAACAUCGCCAUUUCAUGUGGUGCCUCUGGGAAUUCCCUUGCACCUGAUGGACGAGUAUGGGUUGGAGAUGCAAGUUUCACUUCUUCAUUGCUACACUUAAGGGGAAAGUCUACUAAGUCAAAAGUACCUCACCAAGCUGGCUUGUCGAGUCCAGUUCCUUACAAAUCCGCUCGAACGUCUCGCCAUGAGUUUACCUACCAGUUUUCGGUGAAACCGGGACAGAAGUUCAUACGCCUGCACUUCAAGCCAGCUUCAUACAAAGGUUUCAAGAAGUCCAAAGCCAUUUUUAGUGUCAAAACUAGUCAGCAUACCCUGCUCAGUGACUUCAUCCCCACCCUUGCUGCGGGAUUAAACUAUUUCAAAAAGGAAUUUUGUAUCAAUGUACAAGAAAGUGAAACAUUGAGUAUAACAUUUGUACCAUCCCAAAGACCAAGCUUUUUGGAAGAUACUUAUGCUUUUGUCAAUGCAAUCGAGAUUGUUUCCAUGCCUGCUGGUCUGUAUUUCACACCAGAUGGCGAUCAAGGAGUCCCUGUUGUUGGACGAAAGCACAGAUUAGACUACAUUGACAACAGCACAGCACUGGAGACAAUUCAGCGAAUAAAUAUUGGCGGAAACUCUAUUUCAUCAUUGGAAGAUGCAACCAUGUUCCGGGACUGGGAAGAUGACACAAAGUACCUGAUAGAAAUUGGUGCCUUUUCAAUAAAAAGAGCUGUUGCAAUCAGAUAUACGUCCUCAGCAACUCACAUUGCACCAAAAGAAGUUUACCAAACGGCUAGGUCAGUGGGUGCACACUGCCAUUCGAAUGUCUGUAAUCUCACAUGGAACAUUCCACUUGAUUUGGGAUUCAGAUACCUUGUUAGGCUCCACUUUUGUGAAAUGGAAACUGCGAUAACAAAUGAAGGUGAAAGGAAUUUCACUGUUGUCAUAAACAAUCAGAAAGCUGAAGAUGAAGCUGAUGUGAUCAAAUGGAGUGGGGGACAUGGAAUUUCUGUAUACAGGGACUAUGUGGCCAUUAUGGAGGGUGAUAGAAGGGAAGGUAAGCAUAACCUUUCUAUAGUUUUGCAGCCAAAAUUUGCUUCAAUCAGUAACCAUAGAAAUGCCAUCUUGAAUGGGAUAGAAGUAUUCAAGUUAAGCAACCCUGACAACAAUCUUGGCACUGUGAGCACUAAGCAUCCUCCUACCGGUUCAACGUCAGAAAAAUCUGUGCUGUUUGCUACAAAGAAUAUAAUUGCAACUGUGCUGACAUUUAUAAUCACUGUGAUCAAUAUUGCUGUUUAUUACAUUAGUUGUAAUUCAGAGAUGAACUCUGGAAAGACGAACAACAGACUAUCUUUUGGAGAGCAUCAAUGUCGUCAGUUCUCAUUGGAUGAGAUGGUAAGAUCAACCAACAAUUUUGAUCCUCAUCUUGUCAUUGGCAGCGGUGGAUAUGGAACAGUAUACAAGGGGGAUAUUGAUGGUGGAGAGACCACUGUAGCAGUUAAGCGACUGAAACCAGGAUCUAGCCAGGGGGAGAAUGAGUUUUGGACUGAAAUCAAAAUGUUAUCUACACACCGCCAUGAGAACCUUCUAUCCCUAAUUGGUUACUGCAAUGAAGGUGAUGAAAUGUUAUUAGUUUAUGAUUAUAUGCCUCGAGGUUCACUUUCUGACCAACUCUUCAAAAUGGAAAGAAGUAGAUCCUCUCUCUCUUGGGAACGGAGGCUCAAGAUUGCUAUAGGUGCUGCACGUGGACUGAAUUUCCUUCAUACAUCUCAGUAUAGAAUUAUACAUCGCGAUGUCAAAAGCUCAAAUAUUCUGUUGGACGAAAAUUGGGUGAGUAAGAUUUCAGAUUUUGGAUUGUCAAAAAUGGGACCUGGAAAUGAAUCAGCUACUCAUGUUAGUACAAAAGUCAAAGGUACAUUUGGGUACCUCGAUCCAGACUACUUCCUGACUAAUAGAUUGACAUGGAAAACUGAUGUGUAUGCUUUUGGAGUAGUACUAUUUGAAGUGCUCUCAGGACGGCCGGCAGUCAAUAUGAGACUGCCUGAGGAGCAACAUGGACUUGUAGCAUGGGCCAAACAAUGCAUCAAGGAAGGAGAAAUUAGCAAGCUUAUUGAUCAGAAUCUGGCCUGGUCCAUCUCCUCAACUAGUCUACAGGCGUUUAUAGGAAUUUCUGCUAAAUGCUUCGAUUGUCGUCCACAUGAACGGCCUGUAAUGUCUGAAGUGGUGAAAAGCCUGGAAUUAGCGUUACUGUUUCAGAAGAAUGCAGCUGAAGGUAUCAUUUCAUUUGAUGACACAUCAACAUCUCAGUCAAAAGUUGAAAAAGAGAGAGCAACCAUCAAAGAGGAUUGUAAUAGCGUUGAUAGAGCAGAAAAGAGUGUCAUUUCAAGGAAAAAGGUAAAUUCUGAGGAUAAAAGUAUUUUCAUUGAUUCACCAAGAUGGUGGGAUAUUCGUGGCCUUUUCAGAAAAGCAUCACCAAAGACAUGGAAUUCAAAUAUCCAGAUAUCAUCGCACCAUAAUUUAAGGAUAUUUUCUUUUGCCGAACUCAAUGUUGCCACUAGAAAAUUUAGCAGAGAUACGUGGCUGGGAAAUGGUGGUUUUGGGGAUGUUUACAAGGGUUGGCUUGAUGAAUCGGCUUCUUCCAAGAGAAGUCGCACUGCAAUUGCUGUUAAGAAAACGUAUUCUGAAAGCUUACAAGAAUUUGAAGAGCGGCAGGUGAGCUUUCUUGGAAGACUUUCUCAUCCUAACCUGGUCAAACUCUUGGGGUACUGCCAUGAAGGCAAAGAACUACUGCUUGUCUAUGAGUUCAUGCAAAAGGGGAGCUUGAACAACCAUCUUUAUGGAAGGUGCUCUGCUGCUUUGUCACUUCCAUGGAAUGUAAGGCUUAAAAUUGUAAUUGGCGCAGCACGAGGCUUGGCAUUCCUUCAUUCAUCAGAGAAGCAAGUCAUUUGCAGAGACUUCAAAACCUCGAAUAUAUUACUCGAUGGAUCUUACAAUGCGAAGAUAUCAUAUUCUGACUUGGCAAAAGUAGUUCCUUCGGCUAGUCAAUCACAUGUGUCAACACAGCUACUUGGAACAUAUGGUUAUGCUGCUCCCGAGUAUGUUGCAACAGGACACUUGUACGUGAAGAGCGAUGUCUAUGGUUUUGGUGUCUUUUUAGCGGAAAUGCUAACAGGUCUACGGGCAAUAGAUAGCAAACGCCCAAGAGACCAGCAUAAUCUGGUUGAGUGGAUUAAACCACAUUUAUCUGAUAAAAGGAAGUUAAAGGACAAGAUGGAUUCACGGCUGGAAGGAAAAUAUCCAUCCAGAUCUGCAGUACAAAUAGCACAGCUGGCACUGUCAUGUCUUGGAAACGAACCUAAAAGCCGACCAUCAAUGAAGGAAGUAGUGGAGAAACUAGAACAGAUUGAGGCUGCCAAUGAAAGACCCAAGGAGCAUAGAAUAAGUUCCAAACAUCAGACUGCUGAAAGAUAUGUUCAGCAACCUUGGCACAAUCCUUCUCCACUUAAUCCUAGGAACUGAACCUAUCCACUCCCUAGAAGAUCAGCAGAACGAAGAUGAUAAAACUACUUUGUAUUUAUAUAAUUAGUAAUUACAAUGGUUGGACAAUAAAAUUUUGUGACCGAAAAAUAAAUAAUCGAAACAAGAAAAAUACUGCAACAAUAGUUUUAUUGAUUUCAAAAAGUGAGUGCUGCAA